AGCUCCUCGCCGCGGAACCAGUGUUAUCCCGUCCACGCUCCCGACCCCGUUUAAGCCCCACGCGCUCAUUCUUUAAGCGCCAACCGCAGGUUUUCCUUUCUCAUUGCCCUCACUUUCACAGCCCACAAAAACAUCUCUCUCUCUCUCUCUCCCUCUCUCGCUCUCGCUCGCUCGCUAGCUCUUUCUGUGUGUGUGCAGGAUAUGGAGGGCGAAGCGGAGGAGGGCUCCGUCGUCUCUGCGUCGUGGAUCCGACGGCCGGAGAACGCCCAUCUCAUGGUGACGGGAAGGUCGAUGCCCCGCGGUUCCCCUCCAUCGACGCUCCAGAUAUUCUCCUUCGACGCCAAAACUACUUCUCUCUCAUCCUCUCCCAAGGCUACUUGUGCCCUUGAAGACGGGGAGCUAGUCACCAUAGCGGUGCACCCAAGCGGCGACAAUAUCGUCUGCUCCACCACCGCUGGCGGCUGUCGAUUGUUCGAAUUGUAUGAUCGGGAAGCAAAUUUAGAGCUGUUGCCCAAAGAAGCAUUGAUUCUUCAGAAUGUUGGUCGGCAGAAAUGCCUAGCUUUUAGUCCUGAUGGGUCUAGAUUCGCCACUGGUGGGGUGGAUGGGCAUCUCAGAAUCUUUGAAUGGCCAAACUUGUCCAUCAUUUUAGAUGAACCAAGAGCACACAAGUCCUUCCAAGACAUGGAUUUUAGCCUCGACUCAGAGUUCUUAGCUUCAACAUCUACUGAUGGUUCAGCAAGGAUUUGGAAGACAAAUGAGGGUUUUUUGACAUCUUUGACUCGUUCCUCGGAUGAAAAGAUUGACUUGUGUCGAUUUUCUAAGGACGGGACAAAGCCGUUCUUAUUUUGUACUGUUCAGAAAGGUGAUAAAGCAGUUACUGCAGUUUGGGACAUGAGCACCUGGAAUAAAAUCGGGCAUAAAAGACUACUUCGAAAGCGUGCUUCCAUCUUGUCAGUCAGCACGGAUGGGAAAUAUCUUGCUCUGGGAAGCAAAGAUGGUGACAUCUGCGUUGUUGAGGUUAAGAAAAUGGCAAUCUGCCACUGGAGUAAGAGACUUCACGCGGGUACAUGCAUUGCUUCUCUGGAGUUUUGUCCUAGUGAAAGGGUUGUGCUCACGGCUUCUAGUUUAUGGGGAACUGUGGUGACUAAGCUAAAUGUUCCAGCAGAUUGGAAAGAAUGGCAGAUCUACUUGCUGCUUUUGGGACUCUUUUUGGCAUCAACUGUUGUGUUCUACAUAUUCUUUGAGAACUCCGAUUCAUUUUGGAACUUCCCUCUUAGGAAAACUCAACCUGCAAGACCAAAUAUUGAAGCUAUUUUAGGAGAUCCGCAGUCUGAUGAUCAAAAUAUGUGGGGACCAUUUGGACCACUGGACAUGUAAGGAGUUGUUUAGAUCAAGUCCAGUGAAGCCUGUUGCAAGUGGUAGGAUUGAGGACAACCCAUGAAGAUCCUCUUUCUUCAAGUUUUUAGAUUUUUGUCCGGCUGUUCCGAGUCUUUCAGCACAACUAGGAUUAUUUUCUGAGGAAAAUAUCGAGAAAACAAAUGCUGCUGGUGCUGUCUGGCCUUGUUUCAGUUUUACCUAAUGUAAUUUUAGUAAACUUCUUAGCUUCAGUUAAUUGUUGAUUUUAUUUAAAACUAAAUUAUUUACAAUCACAGAGCAGAACUGAUCAAGAGUUUAUUUUUGGGUUUUGUUUUUAGAAGUAAAAAUAUUAGAAAUCUACUUGGACA